AUGGCAAACUCAAUGCAGGGUGUUGGGAGCCUCCCCAGCGCGGAGCUCUGGGCCUCCCAUAACAGGAUGGUGCUGGAGCCGCUGGAAAGCAAUGACCCCGAGGUGCACAGCAUCAUCAAGAAGGAGAAGCAGCGACAGAAGAUGGGGCUGGAGUUAAUUGCAUCGGAGAACUUUGCAAGCCGAGCGGUCCUGGAGGCCCUGGGAUCCUGCAUGAACAACAAAUACUCUGAGGGCUACCCAGGGCAAAGGUACUACGGAGGGACAGAGUUUGUAGACGAGCUGGAAAGGCUGUGCCAGAAGCGAGCCCUGCAGGCCUACAGGCUGGACCCCCAGAAGUGGGGGGUCAAUGUUCAGCCCUACUCAGGGUCACCAGCAAACUUCGCGGUGUACACGGCACUGGUGGAGCCCCACGGCAGGAUCAUGGGGCUGGACCUGCCUGAUGGGGGCCACCUCACCCACGGGUUCAUGACAGAAAAGAAGAAGAUCUCUGCUACCUCUGUCUUCUUCGAGUCCAUGCCCUACAAGGUCAACCCCAAGACUGGUUACAUUGACUAUGACCGGCUGGAGGAGAACGCCCGCCUCUUCCACCCCAAGCUGAUCGUAGCAGGUGUCAGCUGCUACUCCCGCAACCUGGACUACGCCCGCAUGCGGAAGAUCGCGGACGACAACAGUGCCUACCUGAUGGCUGACAUGGCCCACAUCAGCGGGCUGGUGGCUGCUGGGGUGGUGCCCUCCCCCUUCGACCACUGCGACGUUGUCUCCACCACCACCCACAAGACACUGAGGGGCUGCAGAGCUGGCAUGAUCUUCUACCGUAAAGGCACCCGCAGCGUGGACCCCAAGACAGGCAAGGAAACACUCUACAACCUGGAGAGCCUCAUCAACCAGGCAGUCUUCCCUGGGCUGCAGGGAGGCCCACACAACCACGCCAUCGCAGGGAUUGCUGUGGCUCUGCAGCAGGCCAUGACCCCCGAGUUCAAGGCCUACCAGCAGCAGGUGGUCGCCAACUGCAGGGCACUUUCCACAGCACUGAUGGAGCUGGGCUACGACAUCGUCACGGGGGGCUCUGACAACCACCUGAUUCUCCUGGACCUGCGCAGCAGAGGCACAGAUGGUGGCCGGGCUGAGAGGGUGUUGGAGCUCUGUUCCAUCGCCUGCAACAAGAACACGUGCCCUGGUGACAUCAGCGCCCUGCGCCCCAGCGGGCUGCGCUUCGGGACACCGGCCCUCACCUCCCGCGGCUUCCGGCAGGACGAUUUCCGCAAGGUGGCUCAGUACAUCCACAAAGGGAUCGAGCUGACACUGCGUGUGCAGAAGGACAUGAGCCCCAAGGCCACGCUGAAGGAAUUCAAAGAGAAACUGGAGGAGGAGAAAUAUGUGAGGGAGCUGAAGGCACUGAAGGAAGAGGUGGAAGCCUUUGCAGCCACCUUCCCACUCCCAGGGCUGCCUGUCCUGUAA